ACAAGUUUUGAUAACAGAGUACUCCCCCCACUGUAUGACCCCGCGUUUCUCUCUCUCAAUCGUCUCCUUCUUUCUUCUUCUGUUGCUUUCAUACAAGUUUCAAGUUUCAAAACCCUCUCGAUGAAGGAGCUGACGAAGCGGAGAUCAGAAAGGCGAUUGUCAUUCCUAAGUAAGCGAUUGCUCUUCCUUUGGAACCUGUUGCCCUUGGUCUUUCCUUUCACCAUUUUUUGAUUCUUUUCGUUCUCUGUUAAUUUGUCCAUUUAAUUCUGUGUAUAAACCAUAAAGAUGAUGUGCUGGACUUUCCAUCGUUGAAGUUGAAGGUGCUCACGAGAUUCCCAUGGAUGAUUAUGGGCCAUUCAAUGCGGUAUCCAUCAUGAAUCGGUAGAGAGACAAAGAGGAAAAAUAACACUGGGUGGACUCCUGAGAGAAGUAAUGGAGGGUAGGGAGAGAGGGACAAGGUGGAAGAACCUCAAGGAACGGUUAGGAUUGAAGGGGAUGAAUUGCUGUGGGGCCACCUGGGGCUUUAGGCCUUCCAAUAUGAGCGCAGGAGAAGACGAUGAGCAUGACGAAUACUAUUACAUAGACCACCAGCUACACGAACGAGCAGAGGUAACGGUGGGUGAGGAUCAGCUUCAGGCGCCGGAGAACAGUGUGGUGGACGUGGAUCCAGCUUGUGUGGGUCAGAAUCCGGCGGGGUCCGGGAUGAACCUGGCGACAGCAUUGGCAGCGGAGCGUCAUUUCAGAGCGGCCCAGGAUUCCGAGGGAAGAAAUAUGGUGGUGGCCCCCACUGGUACAGCCACAGCCACAGCAACAGCAACAGCAACGGCAACUGUGGGCGCAGGAGCUGGCACUAAUGCUGUGCCAGGUACGCCGUUAAGGGCAUCGUUGAUGAGAUUGCUGAUGGAAGCGGACGGCGUGGAUGAAGAGAGGGAGAAAGGAGGAGGAGGAGCGGGAAUGGAUGGGAUGUGCUGCGUGUGCAUGGGGAGAAGGAAAGGUGCGGCAUUCAUCCCGUGUGGACAUACGUUUUGCAGGGUGUGUUCCAGGGAACUUUGGUUGAAUCGAGGUUCCUGUCCCCUUUGCAAUCGUUCUAUCCUUGAGAUUCUCGACAUCUUCUAGUUUCUAUACGCAUCAUCAUCAUCAUCAUCCCUUUUCUCCGUCAACUUCUUCUUGAUUGUUUGGACUUUGGAAUCAAGAGUUAUGAUUCUAUCUAUAUCCCCCUUUCCUUUUUUUUUGUUUUCUCAAUCUAUCUUUCCAAAUUAAAAUAUAAAGAUAAAAGAAUUUGGUGUAAGUUGAUUGUUUGUUAUGUAACAUUGAUUUGUUGGGAUUGAAGUGUCUCUGGAGAUGUUGAUUUAUCAUA